UUCAGCAACACCUUCACUCCCCCUUCCCCCUCCAAACAAAAUGAGACUGGCAAAAAUGUGCCGACUAAACGCGCUGGGGAUCUAUUUGUGGGAAACGGUAGUGUUUAUCAGCCUGGCAGCAUCGAAAGAAGCUGCAGCGAGGAAAGCUGCCUCCCCGAUGCCGCCCUCCGAGUUCCUGGACAAACUCAUGGGCAAAGUAUCGGGCUACGACGCCAGAAUUCGACCGAAUUUUAAAGUGAUGAACAAAGACCCCAAAGGCUCCAAAAAUGAAGCUACUCACAAGAAAGGUCCGCCUGUAAACGUAACCUGCAACAUUUUUAUCAACAGUUUUGGGUCCAUCGCUGAAACAACAAUGGACUACAGAGUGAACAUCUUCUUGAGACAACAGUGGAACGACCCUCGGCUGGCCUACAGUGAGUACCCAGACGACUCGCUGGACCUCGACCCCUCCAUGUUGGACUCCAUCUGGAAACCUGACUUGUUCUUUGCCAACGAGAAGGGGGCCAAUUUCCACGAGGUCACCACCGACAACAAGCUGCUGCGCAUCUCUAAAAACGGCAAUGUGCUCUACAGCAUACGAAUAACACUGAUCCUGGCCUGUCCCAUGGAUCUGAAGAACUUUCCAAUGGACGUCCAGACCUGCAUCAUGCAGCUGGAGAGCUUCGGCUACACCAUGAAUGACCUCAUAUUCGAGUGGGAUGAGAAAGGAGCCGUGCAGGUGGCUGACGGCCUGACGCUACCUCAGUUCAUACUCAAAGAGGAGAAGGACCUGCGCUACUGCACCAAGCACUACAACACAGGUAAAUUCACCUGUAUUGAGGCUCGUUUCCACCUGGAGCGUCAGAUGGGCUACUACCUGAUCCAGAUGUACAUCCCCUCGCUGCUCAUUGUCAUCCUGUCCUGGGUUUCCUUCUGGAUCAACAUGGACGCUGCACCCGCUCGGGUGGGUCUGGGCAUCACCACCGUGCUGACCAUGACCACACAGAGCUCUGGUUCCAGAGCCUCCCUGCCCAAGGUGUCCUAUGUAAAAGCCAUCGAUAUCUGGAUGGCCGUAUGUCUGCUGUUUGUGUUCUCGGCCCUGCUGGAGUACGCUGCAGUCAACUUCAUCGCCCGCCAACACAAGGAGCUGCUGCGCUUCAGACGGAGGCGACGACACAUGAAGCCUGAGUCUUGGCCUGUGUUGCAGGAGGAUGAGACAGGCGAGGGGCGCUUCAGCUUCCCCGGCUACGGCAUGGGCCCCGCCUGCCUGCAGGCCAAAGACGGCAUGGCCAUCAAGGGCAACAACAACAACGCCCCGGCCUCAGCCGCGCCCGAGAAGAGCAUCGAGGAGAUGAAGAAGCUGUUCAUCGGCCGGGCCAAGCGCAUCGACACGGUGUCCCGCGUGGCCUUUCCGCUCGUCUUCCUCAUUUUUAACAUUUUCUACUGGAUCACUUACAAGAUCAUCCGCAGCGAGGACGUCCACAAGCAGUAGUCGAGAGGCUGAGGAGGAGAGGCGAGAACAGUGCAAAGAGGAGAAUGCAGAGAAACAAAAAGAGAGAAGGAAACAGAGAGAGAGAUGACUUCAGUAGGAGAUAUCAUUGCCCCUUUUUUCAUGCCAACCACUCCUCCUUUCCUUGUCCUCUUCCUUCAUCCUCUUUCUCUCUUGGUCGAGGAUAAGUUGCUUUUUGCGGCAGUUGCCCCCCUCAACCCUACACCUACUAGACAUUAUUUGAGAUUAUUAUUAUUGCUUAUUUUCCCUUUAUUCUCCUCUCUUGCCCAAAAUCCCACCCCCAUCCCGUCUCUUUACACGUCCUGAAUAAUCCAGACCAGUGCAAUAGCAAUGCAGUAAAAUGCAUGAUAUAUGAAUGUGGCAAUAUAUUAAUAAAAAGAUGAAAAAUGAAAAAGUAAACAGACUUUUGCAGGCACACCCAACAAACUGUGUGGGAGUGGACGGACUGGAAAGAAAGAAGAUGAUGAGAGAGUCUUGUAAAGGGUCUUGUAUUUGAUUUUAGGGGAUUUUUUUGUGUGAAGACAGAUAUAUAAUUCUAUAUGAAAAAGUGAUGUCGGGACGGGGUGGGGGAUGUGCGAGAAGCACACAGCAGUGUAAUAUACUCAUAUAUCUAUCAUAAAUGGGGAAAAAAGAACUUUAUUUCCAAAGGCGGGCAUCUGAAAAUGAGGGAUUUUUCAUCAAAAAAAAGGAAGGAAGGCGGAUCGGUGCUUCCAUUAAAUAAAGCGAUGCAAGGAUCACGCAUUCUAUAUAUCUAGAUUUGCUUCAAACGUGUAUUGCAAGCACUCCUCAAGCUUUCCUCCCCCCCACCACCCACCCCCACCCCCACCCCCCAGCCGCCAACACCACGAAACCUUGAACUGCAGAGACACUUGAGGUUUGCUGCUGCCGCUGUCAAUCAUAUGACUGGACAAAAAGAAAAAAAAUAACAAAACACUGGACGAGCAGUGCUGAAAAUUAUGAGACAAAAUAUCUCAUUUAUCUGUGGUCAACGUGUUCCUCUACCUGUCCUUAAUUUAUUUCAUAUUGCAUUUGUUGUUUUUUUGGUUUGUUUCUUAAUUUAUGUGCCAAGUAAACAUGUUGCUUGUGGCUGUGCAGCGCUCUGCAGCUCCGACGCUUUUGUCUAGAGGAAGGGGGAUAGUUUGACGUCAGUCUCUGUAUCGCUUGACGUCUCCUCACGGGCUUCUUCUGGGUUUUUAAUCCCUGAGAUAUUAGUUUGUUUUCAUCGACUGGAAAAAGAGUGAAUCGAUCCUGGACAGAGUAAAAUGCAGAUCCUCGUUUGCUUUCCUUGUUGUGAUCAUUGGGACUGAACCACAGAUAUGUUUACAUCUUAUUAGUGCUUCCUUGCUUUGACCCCACCUUAAUGUGACGCCCCACCCUUCCCCAGCUGAGAGGACAUAUGUAGUAAAUUAUACAGAUUAUAGCACCUGUUAUACCUUAAUUAACUAUAUUUCCAUCUCAUUCACAUGCACCAACUGUAGCUGCAAACUUCAUCAUUUGUGAAAAGCUACAUCAUCAUGCACAUGGAGUGUAACAACAGGAUUUAUUUUGCCAUAGCCAAGGUGGACUGGAUUUGAUCUUUUAACAGGUCAGAUGGUUUGAUUGAUGAUUUAUCAGAUUACUUUUUUCUCUUUUACUUUGCGCCAGGCUUCUCUAUGCAAUGAUCAGUAUAUGCAAUUAUUUUUAUUUCCUUUUAGCAACUCCAUCUCAAAAACGCCUCCUUUCUGUGAGUUGUUUCAUCCCACUGCUAACUGCUAAACAGUCUUUGAAGCUCAUUGGUAAAUAUGGAAGAAAUGGAGAAGAUAAAGUGAUAAAACACAGUGAUGAAGUGGCAACCUGUCCAGGGACUUUCGCCCCCCCAUGCAUGCUGCAUGGAAAAAAAAAAUGAACUUGAAACUUGGACAGCCACUUAACUGCAACUGUUUCACCAUCUUGUCUGUGAAGAAUCACCUUAGUCAUACAGAAUCAAGAAUUUAAAAUAAAACAAUCGACUGGACUUUUAUUGUGAAGUUGAAAAUGUUUAAGGCAAAUCCUUCUUCAGUUGUAAUACAAACGACAAAGUUUAUCGUGUGGAGUUACUGUGCCUCCUGGAUGAGGACAUAGGCUAAUUAAAACUUAUUUAACUUCACAAUAAAAGUACAGUGGAGUGUUUUAUUUAAAAAAAAAAUGGUUCAGCACCAGUCUAAAUCAACUGUUGAUCGCGAUGAAAAUACCAUUUCAAAGAAACUUUCUCCUUGUCAAAAUGUUUAAGCCUCAGUCCAACUUGGUUUUGAAGCAAAACCAAAGAUAUGUUUUUUGUUUCUCAUGUUUGACGUAGUCAUUGCCUUUUGCUGCUGUUGUGGGCCAAGUGUUCAAGACUUGUUGCAGGAUGUGAUAUCAUAUUCAGUUUGUCUUUUUAAUAUGAUUGCCAGAUGCAAUAUUUGGUUUGCCAGAUUACGUUCCGAUAUAUAAAUAUAUAUACUAAUAUAUAUAUAUAUAUAUAUAUAUAUAUAUAUAUAAAUAUAUAUAUAUAUCUUAGUAAAGUAUUUUUAUUUGAUAAAUCACCUACCUAUACCUUAAUCUUUAUCCCCUUUAUACGUACACAAGUUACUCUUGUUUCAAUGAAAAGAGAUCAACAUGUGCAUGUAGGAGAUAUUUUCCAUUUGUUUCAUCAUAAAUUUAAUACUACUUUUCAUGAAUUCAAUUAUUUCAAAAUGUGUGUAAGACUGAUCCGAAGGGCUAUGCCACACACAUACUUUCUUCUGUUCACAUUCCAACAUGUUUUAACUUUAAAGUGGAAGUGCCAUAGAAUACACCUCAUCCCAAAAACUAUGCAUUUAAUUCAGUAAAUCAAUCCCAGAUACAGUGAUGUAAAACUUUUCAAGGCUAUGAUCACCUGGGAUGCUUUAUGUUUAUUUUUUAAUGAUUUGGUUGCAGCAGAUACACGUCUAUUGCUAAAUUUACAGCUGGUAUUUAAGAUGCGAACCAUCAGUUUUACACAAAGGAAAAAUUAGCAAAGCCUGGAGUGACAUAAGAUGUGUAUUUCAGCUUUAUGGUGAACAGUAUUAGCUUUUACAGCAUCUGACCUUUUAGUGAUGGACUCAUCCUCUUUUUCACAAGCACUCAGAGGAAUCUCUAACUUCUUGUGGUACAUUUAUUUUAUCAUUAUCUCUUCUGAGACUGAAGGCUAGCCAACUAAUUAGGUAGCUGCAUACCGACUUGCCCAAAAGCAACUCUAGAUGGCAUUGUUUCUGAUGUAGCUCAGUCCAAACAAGAACUAUUCAAUUUACUUACAACUACUAAGAAUUUUGAAUCCGACUUCCAGAUGGCAUUUCUGUGUUGGCCAAAUUACACCCUUUCUUUAAGGGCUUUUUCUUGGAAAUGUAUCUGUGAUGCUUGCACACAGUUUUUGCAAAACACAGCACAGAGCUAUUGUUAAAAUUAGCUUUCUAGUAACGUCAACUCUUUAGCAUACAUACAUAGAAACAAUGGAGCAAAACGUAGGGGGAGUAGGCAUGGUACUUAGCUAGUCAAAAAGUUAGCAAACACGCUCUUUAGCUUGCUUGAUAUUGAAAUUUGUGUGCAACUUCCAGAUAGCAUUUCUUUGUUGGGCCAAAUUACACCCUUCCUGCGUGGUCUUUCUUUCAUUCUAGCACCACAAGUAAAUCUCCAACCAAAAGCCCGUAGUUUUUCCAAAAAGCAGCUCAGAGCUAAUGCUAAAAUUAUCUUGCUAGUAACAUCAACUCUUACGAUUACGUAAGUAGAAACAAUGCAGCAAAACGUGAGAAGAGUCGGCACGCUACGGCAGUUAAAAAGCAAACAAACAUGCUAUUCAGCUUAGCCUUUAUUUUUUUGCCUGCUUUGUUGAAGGCAAGGCAGUUUAAUUUACUGUAUGUAGCACAUGUCAUUACAAGUAAACAAAAUGUUUUUUCAUUCUGAAUUCAUGAUACAUGACCCUACAAAGCCCACAAAGUCCCAAAAGAUGAAAAAAAUUUAACAAAAAUAUUUAUCUUGUGCGUACAAGUAAUAGAUCUUGUGGCCCUUAAUUUUACCAAGAGGCAGCUUUUGGGAUGCUAAGGAGCUGGGGAUGGAGGCAGUCUCUUACAAUUUCAUUGCAAAUACCAAAAUCAAUGGUUGCUGAACAAGAAAUUAAUAUAGAUUUUGUUGACUUUGGAAUUGCAAAUAUAAAACAGCGCCAUCUAGAGUCCCUUCAGGGCUACAGAGUAAGUGUAGCCACUCCUCUCUGAUUACCUAAACCCGACUGGGAAACGUCAGCAGGCUUUUGUCCUUCCGUGCCAUAGACACUGCAUCUGGAAUAAGUCGGAAGCACUUCUGUCCAUCAGCAUCUUUGCCAACAGCAGUCAUCCAUUUUUUAGAGCGUACAUACAUAUCUUCUCGUGCCAUAUGGGGGUUGAAUAUGCAACUAAAAAACGAGGACCUACAAGCAUAUCAUGCAGACAUUCAACUACCAUUUUACAUAAUUCAUACCCUUUCCUCAGGCGUGGGUGUUGUGUGUAUCAUAGUCAUUUUAGGGCUUUGUCAUAGGCCUCACAUCAUUGUAUUAAUCAUUGUUAUACUGUAUGGGUUGGGGGAGGGAGGGGUUCAUUACAUGAGAUAGAUACUGGGUUUAUAUUGCAUUACGGUGCGAUGUGAUGCAUACGGAUUGAACAAUGAAGGAUGUGUUUUUGGAAGUUUAUAAAUCCUUAGGUUCUAAACUGGAUUUUAAAGUAGCAUGGUUUCAUUAAUGAUUCUAUUGGUUUUGGGGGGUUUGUUUGAUUCUCUUGUAUUUUAUUGUAUGUAUUGUAUAAUCUGAUGCCCUGAGGGGAGAAGGAAAAAUACAGUGACUCCUGAACUGCUGUGAACUAAAGGAAACUUUAUUAUUAUGAUUAUUAUAUUUAUUUAUUUAUUUUCUUUGCACAAGUUGGAAUGGCCUUAAUUUUGCUUUACUUGCUUCUAUUGUGUAUUGGCACAAAGUGCACCCGAUUGAUUUGCAAAAACUACAAUGCUCAUUAUGAUGCUUAUAAUCCGAGAGUGUACAUCAAAGCAGGAUGGGAAAAAAUGAAAAGUUCAGCAAAUCCUUUUUAUUUUUCAUUAAUCUGAGAAACAAUAUUUUGCAUGAAUAUAAAUACAAUGGCAGAUAUUUUGGCUUGUACAAAAAAUGUGAAGCAAUUUGAAGAGAAAAAAAGAAUGUACCGUUUCUGCUGUAUCUGUAUAUAUCUAAAUAUUUAUUGAAAUAUGUCAUACUACUAAUUCUAUUAACGAUUAAAGGUUUUCUGAACAAAAAUCUCUUUACCUGUUUUUGAACAUUGUCAAGGUUGUUGGAGUUGGAUCUUCUGCUUUCUGUUACUCGACUCAAGGAUCUGUGUAAUCAUUCAAGAAAAAGUAUUAAAAAUUGCAAAUAAG